AUGAGAAAAGAAUUAAAAUACCUUAUCUGCUUCAACAUACUCCUCCUGUUAUCUAUAAUAUACUACACUUUCGAUUUGCUAACGUUGUGUAUUGACGAUACUGUUAAAGAUGCUAUACUUGAGGAAGACUUAAAUCCAGAUGCACCUCCAAAGCCUCAACUAAUACCUAAAAUCAUACAUCAGACUUAUAAAACGGAAGACAUCCCUGAGCACUGGAAAGAGGGUAGACAAAAAUGUCUCGAUCUACAUCCAGAUUACAAGUACAUCCUAUGGACGGACGAGAUGGCCUAUGAGUUUAUAAAGGAAGAAUACCCGUGGUUUCUCGAUACUUUUGAGAACUACAAAUACCCCAUAGAACGUGCCGAUGCCAUUCGUUACUUUAUCCUGUCCCAUUAUGGUGGUGUAUACAUCGAUUUAGAUGACGGCUGCGAAAGGAAACUAGAUCCUUUGUUAGCUUUCCCGGCCUUCUUAAGAAAGACUUCACCUUUAGGUGUCUCAAACGAUGUCAUGGGUUCUGUGCCUAGACAUCCCUUCUUUUUAAAGGCUUUAAAGUCUUUGAAACACUAUGACAAGUACUGGUUUAUCCCUUACAUGACUAUUAUGGGGUCUACUGGUCCGUUGUUUUUAAGUGUUAUUUGGAAGCAGUACAAAAGAUGGCGCAUACCUAAGAACGGGACAGUAAGAAUCCUACAACCUGCUUACUACAAGAUGCAUAGUUAUUCAUUUUUCUCCAUUACUAAAGGCUCUUCAUGGCAUUUAGAUGAUGCAAAAUUGAUGAAAGCACUAGAAAACCACAUCUUAUCCUGCGUCGUUACCGGAUUUAUUUUUGGCUUCUUUAUCCUAUAUGGUGAAUUCACGUUCUAUUGCUGGUUGUGUUCCAAGAAUUUCAGUAAUCUAACCAAAAAUUGGAAACUUAAUGCUAUAAAAGUAAGAUUUGUCACAAUUCUAAAUUCAUUAGGCUUAAGACUAAAGUUGAGUAAAAGUACCAGUGAUACUGCCAGUGCCACUUUGCUGGCAAGGCAGCAGAAACGAUUGAGGAAAGAUUCCAAUACAAACAUAGUGUUACUAAAAUCUUCAAGGAAAAGUGAUGUUUACGAUUUAGAAAAGAAUGAUUCUUCUAAGUACUCACUGGGAAAUAACAGCUCGUAA